CUCUCAAACACACUUAAAUAAUCCUUAAAACACCAAAUACAUCUUUUGAAAAUAAUAAUGGCUUUAAAUAACUCAGCCUCUCUUGCUCUUUUCAUUGCCCUCAAUAUCCUUUUUGUCACCUUAACCGCAGCUGAUUGUGGAUGCAACCCAAGUCCUAAGGUCUCAACUCCUUCAGUCCCAAGUCCUUCGGUCCCAAGUCCUAAACGUAGGCCGGUCACGCCUCCUACUACCCCUAGCUCAUCUGGAAACUGUCCUAUCGAUGCUCUCAGACUCGGUGUGUGUGCAAAUGUCUUAAGCAGUCUACUUAACGUGCAAUUGGGUCAGCCAUCAUCUCAAUCAUGCUGCUCGCUCAUCCAAGGUUUGGUUGACGUCGAUGCUGCGGUUUGUCUAUGCACAGCUCUUAGGGCUAACAUCCUCGGAAUCAACCUUAACGUCCCUAUAUCUCUCAGCGUACUUCUCAACGUUUGUAACAGAAAGCUUCCAUCUGGUUUCCAAUGUGCUUGAACGAUAUAGCUAUGCAUACUACUCUCACUCACAGUGUUCUCUUUAAAAUCAUUACAGUUCGAAUAAUUGCAUGCAUGUAUGCAAGUUAAGUGUCUAAUGUUUUAAUCUUUUGUUUAAAUUAUCUAUAACACUAUUUUGUAAACGCUUUUCCGCGUAUAUAUGUUUCUGUUGUAAUUUUGUUCUUGUUUUAUACAAUUAAAUGAAAGACGUUUCAUAUA